AUGUCCCACCACGCAUUGUCCGACCAGCAGGUACGCCAUGCCCGUCGACACCGCAUCACCCGAUGCCCUGACGACGCUCCCCACCCCCCUUCGAGAUGGGUAGCUUCGAGAUGGCUAAUGCGCAGAGACGACCAGGUCGACAAUGAGCUCCGCAAGAUGACGGCCUUCAUCAAGCAGGAAGCCAUGGAGAAAGCGCGGGAGAUCGAGAUCAAGGCCAACGAAGAGUUCGAGAUCGAAAAGUCCAAGCUUGUCCGCCAGGAGACCGAUGCCAUCGACGCCCAAUACGAGAAGAAAUUCAAGCAGGCGACCAUGUCUCAGCAAAUCACGCGCUCGACCGUCGCCAACAAGACGCGGCUCAAGGUCCUCGGCGCCCGCCAGGAGCUCCUCGACGGCAUAUUCGAGACGGCCGCGAAGCAGCUCGCCGAUGGCGCCAAGGACAAGGCUAGGUACCAGGUCAUCCUCAAGGGGCUCAUCCUCGAGGGCUUCUACGCCCUAAACGAACCCGAGCUGCAGCUGCGCGCCCGCAAGGCGGACUUUGAUGUCGUCGAGAAGGCCGCCCUGCUGGCGGCCGACGAAUAUAAGAAGGAAAUGGGCAAGGCCAUCGUGGGCAAGAUCAACAAGGAGAACCCUCUACCUGACGACUUGUACGCCCCCAGCCCUCCCAUUCUAUCGGCCCCGAAUCGCGCCGGACGGGUAACUAACGGUUGUGAUGGCAGGUCGGGCGGUGUCAUUGUCAUUGGCGGCAAUGGCAAGAUUGACGUCAACAACACGUUCGAGGCCCGAUUGGAGCUUCUCAAGGACUCGGCGGCCCCCGCCGUGCGACACUCGCUGUUUGGAAAGAACCCGAACCGAAAGUUCUUUGACUGA